AUGUCGAGGUCUUUUUGCGAUUCUUUAAUAAUCAAGGAUGCGGUUCGACCCGGACCGGUGGACCAUCCGGGACAGGACUUCCUCAUCCCCAUCAGCAUGCAUUCUCCCAGCGUCAUGACGGUCACCGCUCCGGUGUGUCCAUCCAGGAAGACGGGCACCUUCUGCGUCUGCCCGCUGUGCGUCACGUCCCUGCACUCUUCACGCGGCGGCAUUCCCAUGCUGAAGAGCCAGUUUCCGGGCAUGGAGGCGCAGUACUGUCACAGGAUAACGCAUCAGCCGUCCCCUGCGCUCGGGCACCCGGGACACAUCGUCUGCACGCCCACGUUCAGCGUCACGGACCCGAGGAGAUACCACUGCCUCUCUAUGGGCGCCUCCGACAACAGCCACAUACAGAACGGCAAGAGGAUGCGCACGGCGUUCACGAGCACGCAACUCCUGGAACUCGAGAGGGAGUUUUCCACGAACAUGUAUCUCUCCAGACUCAGGAGAAUCGAAAUCGCCACCUACUUGAGCCUGUCGGAGAAGCAGGUGAAGAUCUGGUUUCAGACGCGGGUGAAGCACAAGAAGGAGGGGAAAGCCACCCAGAGGAGCGCGCACAGCAGCGGCUGCAAGUGCACGGCGGCCUCAACGGACUACUCGAGGUCGGAGGACGAGGAGUCUCUGUCUCCGGCCUCUGCGUCGGAGGAGAAAGAGGUGUCUCCCAUCUGA